UAUAGGGGGCGGGCGGCGGGCGCGCGCGGCCCAUUCUCCUCCUCCUCCUCACCGCUGGAGUUGCGGCUCUUCCAGCCGCUGCUGCUCCGGCGUGAGUCCGGCGCGACUCCGGUCCGGCCAUGGCAGUGUGGACGCGCGCCUCCAAGGCGGGGCUGGUGGAGGUGCUGGUGCGCGAGCGCUGGGUGCGGGCGCUUGCCGAGCUGAGCGGGGAGGCGCUGGUGCUCAGCUCCGACCCGGAGCCCGUCAACGGGCUGCCCAACGGCGCCGAGUGGGGGAGCCCCGUCGCGGCUGCAGCAGCGGCAGCAUCCCGAGCGCGGAGCCCCGCGGGCAGCCCGGGCGGGCGGAGCGCAGCGGGCAGCGGCAGCCCGGAGAUGCCCCCCUCGGCGUCCGUCCACCCGCCUUCCUCGCCUCCCAGCCGGCCCUUCUCCCCUCCGCCGGGGUUGCCCGGUGGCGCGUCCUGCUCCACCUCGUCGCCUCCGGGCUCCCCUCCGAGCGGGGUGCGCCGGGUGCGGGUAGUGAAGGCAGAGGCGGGCGGGCUGGGCAUUAGCAUCAAGGGUGGCCGCGAGAACCGCAUGCCCGUCCUCAUCUCGCGCAUCUUCCCGGGGCUGGCCGCCGAGCGCUGCGGUGCCCUCCGCCUGGGAGACGCCAUUCUCUCUGUCAACGGCACCGACCUCCGCGACGCCACCCACGAUCAGGCCGUGCAGGCGCUCAAGCGGGCCGGCAGGGAGGUCCUCCUGGAAGUGAAGUAUAUGCGGGAAGCCAGCCCUUAUAUCAAGAAGCCGUCACUGGUGUCGGAUUUGCCUUGGGAUGGGGUAGCUCCGCAGUCGCCCAGCCUUAGCGGCAGCGAGGAUUCUGGCUCCCCAAAGCACCAUGGCGCUGCCAAGGACCGUAAGGUGAUCCCUUUGAAGAUGUGCUACGCUGCGAGGAACCUGUGCAUGCCGGAUCUGGAGAACAGGUUGAUAGAGUUGCACUCGCCCGACAGCCGGAACACCCUGAUCCUCCGCUGCAAGGACACAGCCACAGCGCACUCCUGGUUCAUGGCCAUCCACACCAACAUCAUGGCUCUCCUCCCGCAAGUCCUGGCCGAGCUUAAUGCCAUGCUGGCCGCCAGCAACACACCAGGGAGCAGCAAGGAGGUCAAACACAUCGCGUGGUUGGCGGAACAGGCCCGGCUGGAUGGAGGCCGGCAGCAGUGGCGGCCAGCUCUCUUGGCCGUGACGGAGAAGGACUUGCUGCUCUAUGACUGCAUGCCAUGGACGAGAGAUGCCUGGGCCUCCCCGUGCCACAGCUACCCGCUUGUUGCCACCAGGUUAGUGCAUUCUGGCUCAGGCCGCAGAUCACCCUGCAUGGGAUCGGACCUCAGCUUUGCCACGCGGACAGGCUGCCGCCAGGGCAUUGCCAUGCACAUCUUCCGCGUGGAGACUCAUCGGGACCUCUCCUCCUGGACCAGAAUCCUGGUGCAAGGCUGCCAUGCUGCUGCAGAGCUGGUCAAGGAAGUGUCUUUAGGGUGUGUCCUGAAUGCCCAGGAGGUCCGCCUCAUCAUCCACUACGAAAACGGCUUCAUUAUUUCCAAAGAAGAGGCAGGCUCUGCCAGUGUCCUUUUCCGAUACCCUUUUGAGAGGCUAAGAAUGUCUGCGGAUGAUGGCAUCAGGAACCUCUACUUGGAUUUUGGAGGACCGGAAGGGGAACUGACCCUGGAGCUGCACUCCUGCCCCAAACCCAUUGUGUUUGUGUUGCACACGUUCUUGUCGGCCAAAGUGACUCGCCUGGGGCUGCUCGUGUAGGAGGAGCCAAGGGGCCUUGGUGACAUGGCAGCGUCAGCGAACCACAGCAGUAGCAGCACCGAGUCCUGCCUCUGCGAUGUUCUCCAGCACCAGUGCCUUGACCAAGACUUGUGAUUGGCAGCUGCAUUGUAGACACAAGGCCAUUGGAUGAGCUUUGGCUGGAUGCUGCGGCUCUUGCAUGAACUGCCUUCCUAGGAGAGAAGCAGCUGAAGGAUGGAAAGGUGGCCAAAGGAGUGAGAUGGGAGUGGGGGGGGGGGGAUAAGGCAGCCAGGGAGGCUGCGUGUCAAUCCCCCUUGCCUGCCUGGAGUUUGGCAUUGCUCUGAAAACCCCACCGUCGUCUUGGCUCCUUGCCAUUCAGGAUCAUGCCCCGUAUGAAAGGUAGGUGAGAUGAGAGGUGGUCCUGCCAGGCCAAUAGAGCAGCUCCUGACCUGGGGCAUUACAAAGCCAUUUCUCCCGUAUCCCUUAUACCACAUGUGCCUUUUGGUGGAAGAAGGUAAGAGGAGAGCAGUCAUGGCAGCAGCAGAAAUCUGGACCCUGGGCCGUUUGCCUGGUUGGGCCGGAAAUGCUGUCUUGUCAGGCAACCCCACCUUGCAGCUUGGGGGGAGCUUGUAUCCUUUGCAGGGGUCUCAAGAGACAGGCUGGAAAUGGGAGCUCCCCUGGUCCUUUCGUUCUGGCAGUUGGGAUGCUGCAGCGCUUGGCUCAAAUUGAAAAACUGAAGCAUAUGCACUUCAGAGCCACAAGACUCUGAAGGCCUGGACCAGUAAAGAAGGUGGCUUUACUUAGUUCUAGGUUCCAUGCUCAGGCCAAACAGUGACAUUUUUUGAGCUGGGCUGAGAGCACUGUGUUCCUCUGGGCGGGUGGGGU